AUGUUAAAGAUCCAAACGACUCACUUACCACCCGACAGAUUUCCUGAAUAUACGGAUCCGUUCCAACUCCUCAACUCGACAACCAUGGCUGUCAAUGGCUUAGCCAACAAGCUGGUGACUCGGCUCUCGGACGAGCCGAGUCGCCAACCCUCUCCUCAGCCGACACACUUCUCGGUACCACAGAAGGUCAAUGGAAAUGGUCACAGAGUUCUGCGCUCUGCCACUGUGGGAUACAUUGCACCGGAGUUUGCUGGCAAGGUAGAACAGAUGAAACAGGUGAAGGAUAUUCUCGCCAAAGGUGGUUGGAUACCAGAAACACACAUCCACGAUCAAGUCGAGUGGUUCUACACCUCGCUUGGGAUUGACGAUGUCUACUUCCAGCUGGAGAGCGUCGAGGUCAUUGCGACCCACAUCACUUCGCUAUAUGCUGCCAAGGUUGCAGCUCGCAACCGUGCAAACCAGCAAGACGCCAUCCGCCUCGAUAUGGAAGCAUCCGACCACGCCAUCUACAUCGAUACUAGUGAGCCGGGAAGGACAGAGUUGGGCGGCCCCAGAUACGAGCAGAGACUGGAGGCCAAGUACCUUGACCACACCGGUAGAACAAGGUUCCGCGUUGAGACUUUCCGAUCUCCUGGCACCAUUUCCGAGCACACCUCAUCCAAUGCGUCACUACGCUGCUACUUCGUUUACCAGUGCCAGUUCGUCGAUGCCAACCCUUCGCCGGACGAGACCCGCCUGGAGGUGAUCAGCGAUCGUAUGUUCCUGACUAAGGCGACUAAGAACACCAAGCAAAUCUACGCAGAUAUCAUUUCCCUCGCGGUCAGCAGGACUGGUCCCGUGAUCGAGGUCUUUGACAUCGAGGAUUCGCAAGAGAAGCGCUUGGUUGUCGCCUUCCGGUCUCGCACCGCUAGGGGCAUGUUCAGUGCCCUCAGUGAUCUCUACCACUACUAUGGUGUUACUAGCACCAGAAAGUACGUUGAGCAGUUUUCGAACGGAAUCACUGUUAUUUGUAUCUACCUGAAGCCCUCGCCCGACUCGGACGCGAAGCAGCUUCCCAUUGAGCAAUCGAUCCACCAGAUCACCAAGGAGAUCUCGCUGCUGUACUGCAUCCCCCAGAACAAGCUUCACACCCUGUUUGCGACUGGCGAUCUUAGUCUGCAGGAGGCCAUCUACGGACACUGUGUCUGGGUGUUCGUGCAGCAUUUCCUCAACCGACUCGGAACCGAAUACGCCUCAUUGCAACAAGCCUUGGAUCCCAAGAACAGUCUGCACGCUGAAAUUCUAUCCAAGCUCAAGCGUCGUCUGCGUACGGAGACCUUCACACCGGAUUACAUUCUCGAGAUCAUCCUGGCAUACCCAGAACUGGUUCGGGCACUGUACGCUUCGUUCGCCAGUGUUCACCUUAGUGUUGGGCCUGGUUAUGAAAGACACUCGAUCGCACCUACUCCAGCUGCUGAAGUACUCUCCGAUGCCAAGCUUAAGGAGAAGAUCUCGCGAGAUGUGUCUAAUGAGCACGAGGAGAUGGUGAUGACCGCAUUCAGAGUCUUCAACAUGUCCAUUCUGAAGACCAACUACUUCACCCCGACCAAGGUUGCACUCAGCUUCCGCCUUGACCCAUCUUUCCUACCCGAGAUCGAAUACCCCAAAAGGCUGUACGGUAUGUUCCUCGUGAUCAGUUCUGAGGCUCGUGGUUUCCAUCUGCGCUUCAGAGAUGUUGCGCGUGGUGGAAUCCGCAUUGUCAAGUCUCGAUCAAAGGAAGCCUACUCUAUCAACGCCAGGAACCUCUUCGACGAGAACUACGGUCUUGCCAGCACUCAGCAACGCAAGAACAAGGACAUUCCCGAGGGUGGCUCGAAGGGUGUGAUCCUGCUUGACCCCAAGCAACAAGACAGGGGCCAGGAGGCAUUUGAGAAAUAUAUUGACAGUAUCAUGGAUCUGCUGUUGCCAGCCGAGACUCCAGGAAUCAAGAACCCGAUUGUCGAUCUAUACGGCAAGGAGGAGAUCCUGUUCAUGGGUCCCGAUGAGAACACCGCCGACCUCGUCAACUGGGCCACCGAGCACGCGCGAGCUCGUAACGCGCCUUGGUGGAAGUCCUUCUUCACUGGAAAGUCUCCGAAACUCGGUGGCAUUCCGCAUGACACUUAUGGCAUGACCACCCUUUCUGUGCGCGAGUAUGUCAAGGGCAUUUACCGCAAGAAGCAACUUGACCCCGCUACUGUCAAGAAGAUGCAGACCGGUGGUCCCGAUGGAGACCUUGGCAGCAAUGAGAUUUUGUUGAGCAACGAAAAGUACACUUCCAUCAUUGAUGGUUCGGGUGUUCUCGUUGACCCCAAUGGCCUUGACCAGGAAGAGCUCCGACGUCUGGCCAAGAGCCGCGCCAUGAUCUCGCAGUUCGACAUUUCCAAGCUUUCCAAGGACGGAUACCGUGUGCUCUGCGAGGACUCCAACUUCCAGCUCCCUACUGGCGAGGUUGUCUCCAAUGGAACGGCUUUCCGCAACACAUUCCACCUGCGCGACACUGGUUUGACUGAUUGUUUCGUCCCAUGUGGUGGCCGUCCGGAGUCGAUCGAUCUGGUGACUGUCGCCAAGCUGAUCCAUGAUGGCAAGUCGAAGAUUCCGUACAUUGUCGAAGGCGCGAACUUGUUCAUCACCCAGGACGCGAAGCUUCGACUGGAAGAAGCUGGCUGCAUCAUCUACAAGGAUGCGUCCGCGAACAAGGGUGGUGUCACUUCGUCAUCACUCGAGGUUCUCGCCUCCCUCAGCUUCGACGACGAAGGCUUCGUCAACAACAUGUGCCACGACAAGUACGGACAGGCCCCCGAGUUCUACAAGGCCUAUGUCAAGCAGGUUCAGGCCAAGAUCUGCGACAACGCUCGGCUCGAGUUCGAAGCCCUCUGGCGUGAGCACGAGGAGACUGGCAUUCCUCGCUCCAUACUAUCUGACAAGCUUUCGGAGGCGAUCACGAAGCUUGAUGAGGAGCUGCAAAAGUCCGACUUGUGGAAGGACGAGAGGACUCGACGCGCUGUUCUUGCGGACGCCCUGCCAAACCUCCUGAUUGACAAGAUUGGCCUCGACACCAUCAUUGAACGUGUUCCCGACGCCUAUCUUCGUGCCAUUUUCGGAAGCUACCUUGCCUCUCGCUUCGUGUACGAGUUCGGCAGCAGCCCAAGUCAAUUCGCAUUUUACGACUUUAUGUCGAAGAGAAUGGCCUCUGCUCAAUGA